GAGGAUUACCCUCUUCCCUGUGUCUCUGGAAGAAGAUCUUGACGAGCGCACAAUGAAGACCACCAAGAGACAUGGAGCAACACCCUCUAGAGUUGAUUGUUAUUAAGAUGGCUUAGUGGUUGGUCAUUAAUGAACAAAGAGAUUUGGCAACUGUUCCCUGAUUGAGAAAGCCACUAUGAAAAUGAGUGUCCUGAUGUUCUUGACCCAAACUAUGGCAGACAAGGUUUCAUAAUCAUCAUCUAAUGCAACAAGGAGAUGCCACGUCUCUCUCGCGUUCAGGGAAGCAUGGUGUCUGGACAUUUUAGAAGAACUGCGUCUCAACAUCAAGUGGCUGUGGGAUCUGACCCAAGAUGAACUUGAGUGGUGGAGAGAUACUAGAGGUGGACUUCAUCCCUCAAGGACUUUGCCCACCGAGAACUUUAAAUGUGAGUUGCAUCCACACCAAUGAGCUGGAGAAGUCCCAUGGGCCUAAUAUUACCCUGCUCAACGAAGAGCAGUUUAUACUCCCCACAUUCUCCACGGCUGCCAAAGCUCGCGUGACGAUCACUUGUAUCCUCUUUAUUUCGUCGGCGUGUUUCAAUGUGGCCACCCUGUGGACCAUCACUCACAAGUACAGAAAGAAGUCUCACAUUCGUAUCCUCAUCAUCAACUUGGCCACAGCUGACCUGCUCAUCACUUUCAUCGUGAUGCCACUGGACGCAGUGUGGAACGUGACUAUCCAGUGGUAUGCGGGUGACGUGGCCUGCCGGAUCCUAAUGUUCCUCAAGCUGGUGGCCAUGUACUCUUCAGCAUUUGUUACUGUGGUGAUUAGCUUGGAUCGCCAGUCCGCCAUCUUGAACCCACUGGGAAUUGGGGAUGCGAAGAAGAAGAAUAAACUCAUGCUGUCGGUGGCCUGGGUCCUAAGUUUUUUACUGGCCAUACCCCAGCUUUUCGUGUUCCGCAUGGUCAGCAGAUCGCAGCCCGUGCACUUUGUCCAGUGUGCCACCCUGGGCAGUUUCCGAGCCCACUGGCAGGAAACCAUCUACAACAUGUUCACCUUCUGCUGCCUGUUUCUCCUGCCGUUGCUGAUCAUGAUCUUUUGCUACUCCCGCAUCCUGAUGGAGAUAUCACAGAAGAUGAAGAAGUCUUGUGUCUCUUCCAGGGAAAUUCAUCUCCGGCGUUCAUAUAACAACAUCCCUCGGGCUCGGAUGAGGACGCUAAAGAUGUCUUUGGUGAUUGUUUUGACCUUCAUAGUUUGUUGGACGCCUUACUACCUCCUGGGAAUCUGGUACUGGUUCUCACCAGAUAUGUUGACCCGUGAGAAAGUCCCGCCAUCACUCAGCCACAUCCUCUUCCUCUUUGGCCUUUUCAAUGCCUGCCUGGAUCCGAUUAUCUACGGCCUCUUCACCAUCAACUUUCGCCGGGAGAUCAGUAGGGUUUGCCGAUGCACAACUCAGGGAGUGGACAACGACACGGCUUCUCUGGGGACAGGGUCUUUCAGGAUCUCCACCGCCGCUGUGCCCGUGAAGCGAGCAGCGGGGAUGUCGGGAGGUUCUGGGAAAUUUGAGCUGGAGGUCACUGGCCAUGGUCUCCAUUCAGGGAAAUGUGAAGAUUGUCGGAGGAAAGCGGGAGAAAGUUUCAUGUGACCGUCCAGUUUCAUGGACCAUUCAGCGACGUAUCGAGGGAAUUCGGGUCAAAGUAGUCUUAUGGGGUAUGGAGGCCGUAAAUAUUAGAAGCACAGAUCCAAGUAAUCUUCUAGGACUCACCGCGAGGUAUAGAUCUUCCAAAUAAAUGAAGGUAAUGGAGCGAGAGGAACUCAUACCUUGAUACAUAGCACAGGACAUUUUCAUAACCACGUCAUCGCAAGACGGAACAAAACCUAUUUGCCUUAGUACAUGAAUAGCUUCGUACAAAAAAGUACAUAGAAUGUGCGUCAUUAAAUUGUUCAAAAUGUCAACUAUUUCAAAACUCCUAGACUAAUGAUAUCACAGCACGGCUUAUCCUAAAACAUUUCCUGUACCUAUAGGUCAAGAGAGACUUUAUUUUACCCGAAUUG